AUGUUGUACGAGCUCAUAGCAAUCGUCCGGCCCAACAAUCUCGCCGAAGUAAAAGAAAUCGCCCGCACCACCGGGUCCCUCAUCCUCAGGAACGGCGGCACGAUACGCGGCAUCAGGAACUGGGGGGUGUGGAGCCUGCCCAAGCGGACGCGGAAGCAUCAGGCGCUGUACAGCGAUGGCCACUACUUCAUCAUGAGAUAUGACGCCUCGAGCAAGGUUCAGGACGACGUGCGGAAGACGCUGGGGCUGGAUCCGCGGAUGAUCAAGUUCGGCUCGGUGAAGCUGGGCGACGGGACCCUGGAGAAGCUGAGCAGGAUUGGAGGGGAGAUUCCGUGGGACAAGAGAGAGGAAUUCUGA